AUGAACAAACCGGAAAAACUCUGCAUUGGAACCUGGACCUGGAUUGAAGCAAAGCUGCGAACUGGAACAAGACUCUGGAUUAGAACAAGUAAAUCUCGAAAAGCCAAGUUUAUUAAGAGAAUAAUUUAUUACGUUUUCAUCAACUGUGGUCGAGUUUAUAUUUUAGCAGAUUUGAAAUUACCAUAUCCCAAUGGGUUUGCUAAUAACUGUGGAGCUUGUAUUUCACUCAAUUGUGGUGUGUAUAGCACAAGUAGAGAGAUAGACAAAGUUAGAGAUCAAAUGGCAUAUCAUAUAGCAAUUGAAUUUACACAAGAGAACUUUUGGCUAUAA